AUGACGCGAGCAGUUGAACGGAAAGACAGCCCGACUGGGAUUGUCAUUUCUCCGGAUGAUGCUCCCACAUCAUUGGAUGCUGACUUUGUAGCGCUGACGAAAAAGUACUGGACGAAAAGGACGUAUAUAGAUCAUGCUAGUCUCUGUGCGGCGUCGCUCCAAAUUGGAUUCUUCUCGAGCUGCACCGCCUUUGUAGACAUUAAAAAGCAUGGAAACAUGUCCAAUCUCCCGUCAGGUUUCGGAUUGUGA